GGAGAAACAACUGAAGUUUAUUGAAUACUAUACAGUCAUACCUGUAAAACUCUGUGAAGUGCAGUAGUGAAAGAUUGAAGUUUCUAAUCGAGUGGUUCGUGGUACGGUAGUUCGCUGGUGUCGUAAACGCGAAGUGAUUUUUUCAUGUAUACUUUAUCCGAUAUGACGCAGACUAAAGUGGCAAAAUUCAGCGGCAUGCUCUAUGAAUAUUGAGAGUUGCAUCUAGUUAGCUGCUUACUUGGCAGAGAAGUGAACGGAUAUGAACGGUAAUAAUGCAGAAGUGAUUCGUCCAACCCUCACAGACGUCACGGAUUUCGCGAUAUUAUGGUCCUACUAAGUGACGUCUUUUUGGCGUGUGAUUAUUUAAUCAGCUGUCUUGUCCAAUUUUUCGGUGUGCAUAAGCAAGAGGCUGAUCUCCGCUGAUGGUAAACUACACCAUAAGCGGCUGAAUGUGACAAGACAGAAAAAGAAAAGAAGCUAACAACUUUUUUUUUGGUGCGCCGUGGAAUUGAAAGUGGAUCAAAAGCUCCAGCAAUCAGAGGUAGUGAGUCUGUAGUAGCGAAAAGUAAGAAGAAAAACGCGUAGAAAUUGGAAUAGUGAAUAGUGUUUGUGGUUGCUAGUGGCUGGUGGAUACCGAUCGCACAUUUUCGGAAUUGAUGGUUCCCGGAUAUCUGACCGAAUCUUGAUGCGAAAUAACCAGCGCAGAUAGCUGGGUUAAACUGCCGGUUGUGUUCAUAGAAAAGAUUCCAUCAGCUAUUCAACAAAAAGUAGCCAUGAACAAAUCAAAAAUGCAUUAGUAAAAAGAUUCAAGAUUUAUAGCCGUUUGAUUGGGUGGUGCGCAUAAUUAGCUACGCCUGCCUUAUCAUUUGGCCAACGUUUGUAUACUCAGGGGCAAAAGUGCAAGGAUCGCUUCAGACCGUUUGUGGUCCACAUCGGGUUCCUCGAAAGGAAUCCACCUUCGAGGAGACGCUCCGAUUGCGCAAUGUCGGAAGGAUUUGUUGCUGGUAUACAGCAAGAAGAUAUACUCCAGCAGCAGCAACCGCAGGCAGAGUAUCAGUGGUCCUCGUAUACAAUCAUGGAUUCGUCUCGAGUGUCAACCUGCUUGAUUUCUAUGCUCCUGAUUGUAUAUGGUAGCUUCCGCAGCCUCAAUAUGGAGCAAGAACAACGUGAGAAGGAGAAAAAGCGUCAGAGCGAAAGCAUGAACAAUCUGAUCACGGGCGAACCUGUUCAGCAGGAGCAAAAUAAAUUUGCUACGCUGGAUACGAUGCACGCUCUCUGUCUUCCACUGGGAGCUUCAAUUUCACUAUUAGUGAUGUUCUUCUUUUUCGAUUCGAUGCAGAUGUUAUUCGCCGUUUGUACAGCAAUCAUUGCCACCGUUGCUUUAGCGUUCCUGCUGUUACCCAUGUGUCAGUACAUUAUUCGUCCCUGCUCAGAUGGUAAUCGGAUAUCUUUCGGAGUAUGCGGUCGUUUUACAGCAGCCGAGUUGUUCAGCUUUUCCCUGGCGGUUUCGAUUGUGUGUAUCUGGGUUCUAACUGGUCACUGGUUACUGAUGGAUGCCAUGGGAAUGGGACUUUGCGUUGCAUUUAUUGCCUUUGUUCGGUUACCUAGUCUAAAAGUCUCCACUCUACUACUCACAGGACUGUUGAUCUACGAUGUGUUUUGGGUAUUUUUUUCGUCCUACAUUUUUAGUACAAACGUAAUGGUCAAGGUUGCGACUCGACCCGCGGAUAAUCCAGUUGGAAUCGUCGCACGGAAGCUGAAUCUCGGAGGCAUUGUCAGGGAACCGCCCAAGUUGAACCUGCCAGGAAAGCUGGUAUUUCCCAGUAUUCACAACAGCGGUCAUUUCUCCAUGCUUGGACUGGGUGAUAUCGUCAUGCCAGGUUUAUUGCUGUGCUUUGUACUUCGUUAUGAUGCAUAUAAAAAGUCCCAAUGCACGCAAACAGCAGAAACUGGUAUUCCUCCACCAAGAGGAGUUGGCUCGAAGCUUACUUAUUUCCAUUGUUCCUUAUUAGGUUAUUUUCUUGGUUUACUAACCGCAACCGUUAGUUCGGAGGUCUUUAAGGCAGCGCAACCAGCCUUGCUGUAUCUAGUUCCGUUCACAUUGCUACCUCUGCUGACGAUGGCUUAUUUGAAGGGUGAUUUGAGGCGAAUGUGGAGUGAACCAUUCAUUAUUCAACAGACAUCAAAGCAGUUAGAGGUUUAAACUGUAACCGCUAUUUAUUACGAAGACAUACAUAUAUAGUAUUAAGAUUACCUUGAAAAGUGAAGUAAAACAAAUUCUACAGAAUGAAAACAUGAAUAGUGUAAGCUAAAAAUUUAACGAUUCAGAUUAAAUAUGAUUGUGUUUAGCAACAAAUCGAACAAAGUAAGAAACAGGCGGAAAAACAUGUCAUCAUGCGUCAUUAUACUCCAGAGAAAGCAAUUGUGGGCUUUCUCAUUUAGAACAAACAAGUUUGAAUAAAUAUACGUGAAUACAGACAGCUACAUUACAAGUUAGUAUAGAAAAUACCUAAAGUUUAGAAAUAUGUUUUUUGUGAAUUUUAACAUAUUUAGUUCUUUUUCCAUUCGAAGAUUAUAGCAAUAAAUACGUACGAUUAAUUUACAUUAAAUCUGUGCGCCAGAGAAGUUAGACUUCGUUAAUCAAAACAUAGCAAUUUUUUAUAUACUCCCAUGCAGAGCAAAUACCAUAUUCAUACAGUACCUACAGCUUUUUUCAUCUAAUUUUAAAAUCACUAUGCUUCAUGUCUUUUCAAUAAGAAACGUACGGUUUUUUUAUCAAUCGUUAUUUGGCUAGAGCAAAGAUACAUAGAGAUGAAGUGAAACGGAAAGGAGGUAAUGUCCCAGUCAAGUCAAAUUAGUAGAAAACUUUACAUUUUGUAUGUACAGACAGUCAGGUACCGUUUUGAUUGCAUCUUUCGAGUAGACUAGAUUGGAGGUCACUACAUGUGUUCUGCGAGAUUUGUUCGAAAUAGAUUCGAAUUAGCGAUAGAAAAUGUGCAAACAUCAGUCAUGGAUACACAUACACAUACAUAUAGCUACAUGCGACAUGACAAAAGAAUAUAAAAAAUGUGAUAAAUAAUUUUGUAUAAUUUCUUAAC